AGACUCCCUUCAAUCGCCAUAUUGGGCAACCAAGAAAAGGGCUUGUCUCUUGUUUUUUUCCGUCUCGCUUUUACUACGCGGCGGCGGUGCGAUCGGCAGGGGCAUCAUCAGCGCCAGCGCCAUCGCCAUCGGCGGCGGGCCGGCACCGCGGGGGCAGCGCUGCGCUCCGCUCCUCACCCGCCCGGGGCUUCCCGGCGGCGGCAGCGGCGGCUCUCGGGGCUCAUCCCCGGGCCGGCGCUUAUGCAAGGGCGCCUCCUCGCCCCUUCUCCGCCGACCGAAGGCGAGCGGGGCCGAGGCAGGGCCGCAGCGCGGGGCAGCGCGGAGCGGAGGCGCCGAACGGAGCCGCCCGGGUGCCAGGAAAUAAAGGGCGGCGGAGGCCGCGGAGAGAGAGCAGCGAGAACAACAACCGCCGCCCGGAGCUACAGCGUGCGGGGAGAUGUCAAACGUCCGCAUUUCUAAUGGGAGUCCUACCCUGGAGCGCAUGGAGGCCAGGCAGUCGGAGUACCCGAAGCCGUCAGCGUGCCGGAACCUCUUCGGGCCGGUGAACCACGAAGAGCUCAACAGGGAAUUUAAGAAACACCUGCAGGAGAUGGAGGAGGCGUACCAGAGGAAGUGGAAUUUCGAUUUCCAGAAUCACAGGCCGCUGGAAGGCAGGUACGAGUGGCAAGCCGUGGAGAAGGGGAGCUCGCCCGACUUCUACUUCAGACCCCCCCGGCUACGGAAAGCCGUCUGCAAGUCUGCUGGCCGCCAGAGCUUGGAUGUAAACGGGAAUUGCCAAACCGUGGUUUUUGUCGGUUCUCAGGGAAUCUCAGAGGACACUCACUGUGUAGCUCAAAAGACUGAUGUUUCAGAAAAUCAGACGGACUUAGCAGAGCAGUGCACUGCCCAGAGGAAAAGACCCGCAGCCGAUGAUUCCUCUCCUCAAAAUAAAAGAGCCAAUACAACAGAAGAAGAGGUUUCAGAAGACUCUCCCAGUGCCAAUUCAGUGGAGCAAACACCCAAGAAAUCAAGCCCGGGAAGACAUCAAACGUAAAGCGUUUAGAGCAGAGGAUGUGCGUCCUCGUUCGUCGGGUGCGGCGGGCGGCGAUGAAGAGAGGAAGAUGAAGAGGUGUAGUGGGAAAGGAAAAAAA